AUGGCAAACGCAAGUAUAUCGACAUACGGCUCUGAUACUGGUUCAGCGAAUGAUCCUAAUAAAGAGCGUAUAGAUCCAUGGACAUUACAAGGAUACAUGAAGAUGUUCGAUGAUGAGAAAGAUGGAUCUACUUUACGGCAUCAUCUUCGAAAUAGAUUUCAAAUAUUAGCAAAUAAAGAUGAUAAUAAUAAUUAUCAAGCAAAUCAUUAA